GACUUGGCUGUCUCGAGGAACCCGGAAGUGAGUGGAAAGGGACAUCAACGAAGGGAAAUUCUCGAUAGCUGCCGUACCCGGGACUCUGGCAAAGAUGAACUGGAACCCUUUUAAAGCAGGUCCGAAAAAACAGAUUAUUCCAAAAACUAUGGAAAGAGACUUUGAACGAGAAUACGGCAAACUUCAGCAGCUAGAAGAGCAGACGAAGAAGCUCCAAAAGGACAUGAAGAAAAGUAUAGAGGCAGAUUUGGCCAUGUCCAAGUCAGCUGUCAAAAUCUCCUCGGACCUGCUAGGGAAUCCCUUGUGUGAGCCUGAUGCAGCUUUCUUGGAAAUGGUGACUGCGCUGGACACUGCGAUGAAACGCAUGGACGCCUUUAACCAGGAGAAGGUGAACCAGAUCCAGAAGACUGUGAUGGAUCCUCUGAAGAGGUUUAGCAGUGUCUUCCCCUCUCUGAACAUGGCGGUGAAACGCAGGGAACAGGCGCUCCAGGAAUACAAGAGGCUGCAGCUAAAAGUGGAAAAAUAUGAGGAGAAAGAAAGGACAGGAGCAGCUAUAGCAAAACUGCACCAGGCCCAGGAGGAGUUACAGCCGGUGAGGGAAGACUUCACUGCGAAGAACAGCCAGCUGUUGGACGAGAUGCCGAAAUUCUACAACAGCCGCGUGGAUUACUUCAAACCCAGCUUCCAGUCACUCAUCCGAGCCCAGGUGGAUUAUUACACUCAGAUGUCCAGAGUAUUUGAUGAUUUGGCCCAGCAAGUGGACAAGGUUCAGCUGACGGACAUUGAACGUGAGAGGGAGAACGAGGACAAGCUGGCGGCCUUGCGUGGACUCUCUAUAGUUGCAGAUGACUGAUCACCGACACCUUCGUACCUCAACCUGUGGAUGCCUGUACAGAAACGGAACACGAUGGAGGACAUUUUACCUCCGGGUAACCUCUCCAUGAGAGCCCUCGGUGUCCAAAUCAGGACAGUAAGGAUUCUCAGAAGAGAGAUUAUCUCAGAGAACAUUCAUGAUCACUACUGGUCAUCUUCGAGAGACUUGGCUCAGGUUAAAUUGCAAGGAUGUUUGUAAUAUGUUGCUCCUGAUGGUAACCCAACAACUGAUUAACCCAACUGUCUUUAGAGAUUGCCGCGUGCUGCUUCAUUUUCUAUAUGUAAGGGGGAUACAUGAGAAAGGUCACAUAGCUAAGGAUGUGGGUUAACCUCCAAGGUGCCUUAGUAUACUUUUUGUGAAGCUACGUUUCAGUGGAUUAGGUAUUUCCUCUGUUACGCAA